AUGAACACAAGCAACAGCCCUGUGACCAGCCUCCGAAUCCCAAAACGGUAUGGAGGCGUCUAUGCCGAUGGCAAGAUUUACAUCGACGGCGGCAAUACUUACGUGCCGAAGGGCGGUAAUACCUUCUACAACACAGAAGCUGGGGGCUACACGGCAGGAAUGCACAACCAGCUCCUUGUCUUGGACCUGUCCACCAACUUCACCAACCAAGAGAUAGGGCCUUACAGCUCCAUCUUCAAAUCUCCUGAUGUUCCGAAUGGCCUUAUUGAGCAUGUUCUAUGGUACUCCGAAAACACGAAGAAGGUCUAUCAGCUGGGCGGUUGGUUUUCCUUCAACAGCGAGCAGAACCCGGCAUACCUAGCAGACGAGAACAUGCCAGAACCUGCCAUCUGGGAGUUUGACGUUGGUAAUAAGCGAUGGACAAUGUCGAAGGACUUCGACAUCUCCAACAAUGGUGAGAUCAUUGAUCGGCCCGGGGCAGCAGCCUUCUGCGAUGCACCGACGUUGAAUCGGAGUUACGUUUUUGAGGGAUACGUUCAGCACAGGUCGGGCCCGGCAAACACUCAGUAUGCGCAGUCGUCAGACUUUCGGUUUCUCGAAGGACUGCUCGAACUCGAUACUGCCGACAAAUCCCAGCCUAAGCUCACCAACAUCUCGGUUCCGACAUACAUCGGUCCACGCAUGAACGGCGCCAUGGUGCAUGUUCCCGUGGGAGACAAAGGUAUAAUCGUGAACCUCGGUGGACAAACCACCCGCAAUCCGACGCCCUACGGAGUCCAAGUGAAGGGCGCAAACUCGGGAAACAUCAACAUCAACAUGUCUUUCGUCGACAUCUACGAUAUCGAAACCGGCUUCUGGUUUCGCCAGGAAACCUUCGGUCUUCCGGAUAUCCCAACCGGCCGCUCCGACAUCUGCGCCGUGCUCGUGCCAGCCAAGGAUUCCUCAUCAUGGAACAUCUACAUGAUAGCUGGCGUGGAGAACUACGCGACCUACAUCACCUCCGAGGAGAUUUGGGUGCUCACCUUGCCAACUUUUCAAUGGAUCCUGGUGCACACCCGUGCGGACGGCAUGUAUGGGCACACGUGUCAUGCAGUCGGCGAGAAUCUUCUCAUCGUCGGUGGUAUGCAAACGAAGAAUGACGGCACCGGCACAAACGUCAAUACUUGCUCGGACCAUAUGCCUGCGGAGAUCUUUUCGUUGGUAACGCACAACUAUACCGGGAAGUACGACACCGAAGCAGCAAAGCGGCUGGCUCCGGUCCCGUCGCAAGUUGUGGACGCCAUCGGCGGCACGUCUUCCGGGGGCGCAUAUAUGACAAAGCCACGUGCAUGGAGCGACGUCUAUCUCCAGUACAUCUUCGAUCCGUCCCUGAAAAGACCGGAGUACACCCCGACUUACACGCUUGUCGUGCAACCCAGCGCCGCCAACAGCUCCACCCCAUCUCCCUCUUCUCCUUCCUCAAAUGGACCGUCAAAGGGCGCCAUAGUCGGCGGUGUGGUCGGCGGCGUUCUCGGCGCCAUCGCGCUUGUCGGUCUGGGCAUCUUCAUUGUCCUUUUCCGCCGCAAGAAAAGGAGAAGAGCGGAGGAAGCCGCUACCGCGGAAGCAGCGCGCCAAAGUGGUGCCUUCUCGGAAUUGCCGGGAUACACCCCGUACUCGUCACCUACCGAGCCGAAACCUGCCUACGCUAGGUCGCCGACACCGGGUUUGCAGGCUGCGGAGUUGGAGGUGCCUCAGAAUGCGAGCGAGAUGCCGAGUAGCCCGCGGUAUGGAGGGUCUUUUCGCGACAACCCCGACGAGAGCGUUGCGAAGUACAAGCUCUGA